GGGGCGGUGCUCCCGCCUGCCGGGCUCGGGGCACUACCCUCCCACCGCCUCGCUGACCUCCUGCCGGCCCGCCCGGCCCGCUGGGCCCAGUUGGCCGCCUCCCGGAGCCGCGGGAGCCGGAGAUGGAUUUGCGGGCAUGGAGAGCGUGUGGAAGGACCGAGUUCUUGUUGGCAGAGGAGGUUGGCUGCUGAGCCAGGGCGUGUCUCCAGGAGCCCUGCCAGGCUGCCUGGAUCCCCACCUCGCCACCAUGGGCCGGCCAGGCUGACCAGCCAGUUUCUGCUGGAGGCUCCUGAUAUCACCUGGGGAGAUGACGUCCAGGCCCCCCGACUGCCUGCUGCGGCUGCUCCGGGGUGCCCCGAGGCAGCGGGUCUGCACCCUGUUCAUCAUCGGCUUCAAGUUCACGUUUUUGGUCUCCGUCAUGGUCUACUGGCACAUUGUGGGAGAGCCCGGGGGCCAAGGGCAGUUCUCUAACCUGCCUGCUGACAUACCCUGCCCGCGCUUGGUCCCCCACACGCCGCCCUCCGGCACCCCACCUCCCGGCAACAUCUUCUUCCUGGAGACCUCCGACCGGACGGACCCCAACUUCCUGUUCAUGUGCUCAGUGGAGUCAGCAGCCAGGGCCCAGCCUGAGUCCCGGGUGGCGGUCCUGAUGAAGGGGCUGCCCGGCGGGAACGCCUCCCUGCCCCGGCACCUGGGCCUCUCGCUUCUGGGCUGCUUCCCCAACGUCCAGAUGCUCCCGCUGGACCUGCAGGAGCUGUUUCGGGACACGCCCCUGGCAGCCUGGUACGCGGCCCUGCAGCGGCGGUGGGAGCCCUACGUGCUGCCCGUGCUCUCCGAUGCCUCCAGGAUUGCACUCAUGUGGAAGUUCGGAGGCAUCUACCUGGACACGGACUUCAUCGUCCUCAAGAGCCUGGGGAACCUGACCAACACGCUGGGCACCCAGUCCCGCUAUGUCCUCAACGGCGCCUUCCUGGCCUUCGAGCGCCACCACGAGUUCAUGGCGCUGUGCAUGCGCGACUUCGUGGCCCACUACAACGGCUGGAUCUGGGGCCACCAGGGCCCGCAGCUGCUCACGCGGGUCUUCAAGAAGUGGUGCUCCAUCCGCAGCCUGGGCGAGAGCCACGCCUGCCGCGGCGUCACCACCCUGCCCUACGAGGCCUUCUACCCCAUCCCCUGGCAGAACUGGAAGAAGUACUUCGAAGACGUCAGCCCCGAGGAGCUGUCCCGGCUGCUCAACGCCACCUACGCUGUCCACGUGUGGAACAAGAAGAGCCAGGGCACGCGCUUCAAGGCCACGUCCAGGGCACUGCUGGCCCAGCUCCACGCCCGCUACUGCCCCACGACGCACAAGGCCAUGAAGCUUUACUUGUGAGGGGCCUGGCUGGCUCCCUCCGUGCCCCCGGCGUCCUGAAGGAAAGGGAUCGGCCACCUUCCUGGGGAGACCUGAGCUGCUGCAGCCCGGGAUCUGGGGCAGAGGCAGCGGGGAGGGCGGGGAACUGUCGGCCCAAGAGCUGCUACCGGAAGGCGUGCUGUGGGCCCCGGGACCUGCUCCCUUCAAGCUAGCGGGAGGCUGGUGGGCCUGGUCGCCCCUACCCCCUAGGCCAGUGCACUGUCACAGGGCAGAGGCGACCAGUGGUGGGGGAAGGGUGCCCAGCCAGAAUCAGCUGGAGUGCACCGGGUAAGCAUCCGGGCUCUUGUAGACAACAGGCAAGCCUGGCAAGUACGAAAGCGUCUUCCAGGGCAGCGCGGGAAGCAGGCAGGCUGGGGCUCAAGUGCCCACGAGGGGGGCACGGAGACGCCCAAGGAAAGGGGGUAGGAAGGAGGGAGAGGAGGCCGCUUGUGGGGUAGCCAGAAAGCACACCCAGCUUCGUGAGCCCAAGGGGUGGGGUGCUUUUGGGGUUUGGGUUUCUUUUUCAGGGGGGCCGAGGCCGGCAGAGCUGGCCUGGGGAGCUCUUUGGGGGAGGGCCUGCCUGCCCACCUCAUCCUUCUUUCCAGAAAUGUUGCAGGAGUGACACGUGCCAGCUGCCCACUCACGGGCAGGGGCCCUAGAGUUCUUGUGGCUCAGGAAAAGCAUUUUAAAGGAAACACCCCUUACCCUACCCACAACAAACACAAUAAAAGUGAGAAUAAUAAAUACAAUAUUUAGUGCUUUUUGCUUGAUGAUAUACAUUCAUUCUCACUGUUGGCCUCACCCUGCAGCUGAGGAGGCAGCUGGGGCUGGCGGUGGUGGUGGUGGGGACGGUGAGGUCACGCAGCCUGCCUAGGUCAGGGGGGCCCGGGGGCCUGGCCGCUGGGCAGGCUCACGGCCCCGGUGCCGGAGAGCGACUGCGGUGGGGAAUGGGAGAAGCCUGCUUCCCACCUCCCUUUUCAAGGCUCACAGACAGCCUCAGUCAGGCCCCAUGCCCGCCCCCACCCCAUAAUGAGCCUGAAUCUGUUCUAAACUGAGCCAAAUACGGAGCCCACCACCAGACUGGGGGCGUGUACCUCCAAGCUUAGAGGAGGCCCAGGGGGGGUGGUGUGAGGCCUGUGGGAUCUCUCCUGCCUCACCCUGGCUGUCUGGCAGAGAACCUAGGAGAGACAGAAGUACCGUGCCGGCAGCCCCAGGGAUGGGCAGAGGAAAAUCUGCUCCUUGCAGGGUGAGGCCCCAGCUGGUUUGUGUUGAGGACGGAAGCUGCCUGUGAGCUGGGCGUUCCGCCAGGCUGGAGAAGCCCUCCCUGUAGGAAGCUAGGAUGGGCGAUGCUGUCAGAAACUCUGGGCCUCAGCAGGCUGCUCUGUGGCAGCCGAGGGGGAGGUGUUUAGAGGCCUCUGGAUUCUGCCAGCAGAAGGUCUCGGGCAGGACUGCCCUUGGUGGCGCAGUGGUUAAGAAUCCGCCUGCCAACACAGGGGAC